AAAUCUCAAUAUCAGUUUUUUUUUUGACUUUGAUAAAACACAAGGUCAAUUAAUAUUAUUGUUUAAAUCUUAACUUUGAGGUUAUAAUAGUGUUAAAUCAAAAUGUUUUCAUAUGUGUUGCAAAGAAGUGUUAAUUCGGCAUUAACAUAUUGUCGGCAUAAUCAUACCCAAUAUCUAUCUGUAAAUAACGUCGAUGGGACCAGAGAAAUCACCUUAAAUAAUGAUAAAACUCGGAACUCUUUAUCCUUGGAUAUGAUGAGUUAUCUUGUUGAAGAAAUAAACAGGGACAAAGAUAUUGAUUCGCUACGAGCAAUAGUCCUGACCGCCAAGGGACAUGUAUUUUCAGCUGGACACAAUCUUAAAGAACUCCAAGCUAGCAGUGGUGUUGAGCAGCAUAAAGUAAUAUUUGACAAAGCAACUGAGCUGAUGAUGUCUAUUGUCAGAAGUCCUGUACCAAUUAUAGCAAAGGUGAACGGCGUAGUGGCGGCGGCUGGGUGCCAGCUAGUCGCACAGUGCGACAUGGCGGUGUGUUCGGAAACAAGUAAAUUCUCAACACCUGGGGCAAACUUCGGCAUAUUCUGUUCUACACCCGGCAUAGCAGUUGGUAGAUCUGUGCCGAAAUCCAGGGCGAUGUAUAUGCUUCUUACAGGUGAAGCCAUUAGUGCCCAAGAAGCUUACGAAAGCGGUCUGGUGACAAAAGUGGUAACAGCGGAUCAACUAGACAAAGAAGUGAACAAUAUUAUUGACAAAAUUAAGAUGAAAAGCCGUAGCGUCGUGUCUCUCGGCAAAGAAUUUUAUUACAAACAAAUAGAACUGGGACUGAGUGAGGCUUAUAAAUUGGGGGGUGAGUUAAUGGUGAAAAAUGUAAACAUGGGUGACGGACAAGAGGGUAUCAAGAGUUUCAUUGAAAAGAGGAAGCCUGUUUGGACUCACAAACAAUAAAAAAGUUUAUGAAAGUGUUUUUAACUGUAUACGUAGCUAUCGCGAAGUCACUUAUAACUUGACUUUCGGAUUGAAAUACCUUUUGAAUAUUAUUCCAGGAUUCUUUGUAAAGUAAACCCUUUAGCCAAGAAGUGUUUUUUUUUACAAUAAAAUAUUUUUGUAAUAGUGUAUGUA